GGAGUUUUUUUUGUUCUAGUGUGAGUGAAAUGGAGGUAUCAACAGGCCUGAUGAUUGUAUCAAUUGUAGCAGGCUAUUUACUAUGGUUCAAGUCCAUUACAAAAUCCAUGAAAGGGCCCAAAGGCCCAAAAAUGUGGCCCAUUGUUGGAAGUUUACCCGGCCUGCUUGAAAACGGUAACCGGAUGCAUGAAUGGAUAUCCGAAAACCUUCGGGUCUGCACCGGUACAUACCAAACUUGCAUAUGUGCAAUUCCAUUUUUAGCCCUCAAACAAGGUCUCGUGACAGUCACGUGCGAUCCAAAAAAUUUAGAACAUAUAUUAAAGUCUAGGUUUGAUAAUUACCCCAAGGGUCCCACUUGGCAAGCGGUGUUUCAUGAUUUGUUAGGUGAGGGUAUAUUCAAUUCAGAUGGUGACACGUGGCUAUUCCAGCGCAAGACGGCUGCGCUGGAAUUCACCACGCGGACCCUGAGGCAAGCCAUGGGUCGUUGGGUGAAUCGAGCCAUUAAGAAUAGGUUUUGUCCUCUACUUGAAAUGGCUCAGGUUCAGGGCGAGCCGAUUGAGCUGCAGGAUCUUUUGCUGAGGCUUACCUUUGAUAACAUUUGUGGUUUGACUUUUGGCAAAGACCCCGAGACGCUCUCUCCAGGUCUACCCGAAAAUGCAUUUGCCACGUCAUUUGAUCGAGCCACUGAAGCCUCGUUGCAUCGGUUCAUUAUACCCGAGUUCAUUUGGAAGUUGAAGAAGAUGUUGGGGCUUGGAAUGGAGGUUAGCCUGAGCCGGAGCUUGAAACAAUUGGAUGAUUACAUGACCGAUGUGAUCGAUACACGUAAGCUGGAGCUGGUGAAUCCUCGGGAUGGCGGGCCCCAGCACGACGACUUGCUGUCUAGGUUCAUGAAGAAAAAGGAAUCCUACUCUGACAAGUUCCUCCAACACGUGGCGCUCAAUUUCAUCCUGGCUGGACGUGACACAUCAUCCGUGGCAUUGAGCUGGUUCUUCUGGCUAGUCAGCUUGGACCCUAGGGUGGAAGAAAAGAUACUGGUCGAGCUCUGCACUGUCCUUGCAGAGACACGUGGCGACGACACGUCAAGGUGGCUGGAAGAGCCACUAGUGUUUGAAGAGGUGGAUCAGUUGACAUACCUCAAGGCAGCUUUAUCAGAAACCCUAAGACUUUACCCGUCAGUCCCAGAGGACUCGAAGCAUGUCAUUUCUGAUGACUAUUUGCCGGAUGGCACGUUCGUGCCGGCAGGUUCAAACAUCACAUAUUCCAUAUACUCAACCGGGCGAAUGAAAUUCAUCUGGGGCGAAGAUUGUUUAGAAUUCAAGCCAGAGCGCUGGUUGUCACAAGACGGUAACAAGUUUCAGGUUCAAGACGCAUUCAGAUUCGUCGCAUUCAAUGCAGGACCAAGAAUCUGUCUAGGCAAAGACUUAGCCUACUUGCAAAUGAAAUCAAUAGCAGCAGCAGUCCUACUCCGACACCGGCUCGCGGUGGCACCGGGGCACAAGGUGGAACAAAAGAUGUCACUGACAUUGUUCAUGAAAUAUGGUCUUCUUGUGAAUGUCACCCCUAGGGACUUGACACCAAUUUUAGCCAAAAUUAACCACACCAAUAUGGCAGUAAAUGGGAUUGCAGUUACAAGUCAAAAUUAAAUUGUUUAUGAUACACUAGUAAUAUGGUUAAAAUAUAUACUGAAAGUUAUUUUCACGACGAGCUACUUUGAUCAUAUGAAAAAUGUGGCUUAACUAUAACACAAAUAAGGUUUAUAUCAGGUUCUUAUUUGUUCUACAGUAUACCUCAUGUAUAACUUUUUGCCAAAGUUGGAUAUUACACCUCAACUUUUUUUUCUCUUUAUCACCCUUUCAUUUUCCAUAGUCAAUACAUUAUAGUAUAUGGUUAUAUAUAGAUAAUGUACUUUAGUUUUGUGAAAAUAAAAUUAAUAUACAAGUACUUGUGAUUUUA